CGUUGGCAUUAGCAACAACACGCCAGUUCAAGCGCGUUGGGUAGAAAUGACUGUGCUUGUACGUGUGUGCGAGCGCCCGUGUCCGUGUAUGUGUGUAUCAUGCGGUCUAAUGUGUGCAAAACGCGAUGCACAGAAGUGUGGACCACACUAGUGCACACCGUUAGUGGUCAUUAGGAAUUGCAAUCCCUCUUUCCCUUGUGUGUGUGACUGGCCCUUUGGUCGUGCAAGAUACGAGGAUUUGUCACGGCCACAAGGAUCGUUAUUGUGCUAAGUGGUUUGGAGACAGUGGAGUGAAAGUGAAGACGUUGUGUGUGUGUUUGUGAGUGUGUCUCUUGUGCGCUGGGUUUUGCUGGUUCCUAUAUGCCCAAAAGUGUUCAGUGUCAAGUCUGACCAAAAGCGGAGGGGGACGAAUUUAAUGAGCCUCCCAUUCCCGUGCGUGUGUUUUGUGUAAUCCCGCCGUGUUGUCGGCAGUGUUGUGUUUAUUUUUUAGCUCGAAAGUUCGGUGCAACGGUGACUGCUGACUUGCUAAUUACUUCCACGCCGAAGUGUAAUUCGGGAUUGGGCGCGAUUGGGAAAACUUGAUCUCUGUUUUCCCUUUUCCCAUCAACCCGAGCAAGUGAAUUCACACCAAAGUGCAAGUGCUCUGGCGCUCUCUUUCUCUCUCUCUGUUGUGUGCGCGUGUGUUUGUAUGUGUGUUGUGCUGGCAGGAUUAGUGUGAGGCAGCAGUAACUUCUUCCCCCCGUCCAGUGCCGCCUAAACAUCGGGCCACACACGCACGCACACACCGUCACCUACCCCCAUUGACAGCGGUAGCGGAGGAGCGACAGCAGAGGAGGAAAUAAGGGCCAUUCGUUGUCUAAAAAAAAUAUCUAAACACGACGAACGGGUCAUUAUCCUUCCACUUGCAAGCGAGCAGGAAGAAGAAACCGUGCACACUUGUCUCUCGUACCCCGCCAGGCUGCUCAUUCCAACCAUCCCCCUUAACUCAUCGUUGUUAAAGUGGAAAGUGAAGUGAUCAUAUAGGGCAGCACCACCAUACACCCAAUUCCCCCACGGCUCCCAGAACGCCCUUCCAGAGUCAGCGGAAGCACCACCCCGCGGAUACCGGGAGACGAGUGUGAGAGAUAAGGAGGUAGAACACGCAGAAGAAAGGAGUGCAGACACGACAACAGGACGACAAACAGAGAGAGAGAGGAGAAAACUAGGCCAUUCAUCAUGUUUACGGGUACGCUGCGGUUGAAAGUCUGCGAGGCGAUCGGGCUGCGGCCGACGGACUUUCAGACACGGCACACGAUGACAUUUGGCCGGCUCGGUGAUCAGCUCAUCGAUCCGUACGUGUCGAUAGAUGUCGACGAGAAGUUCAUAGAUCGGUCCACCACAAAGCCACGUACCUUCGAUCCGGUGUGGAACGAGAGCUUCAUACACGAGGUGGAGAACGCGAACGUGCUCGGGAUGACAAUCUUCCACGAAGGGCCGAUCACGGACGUGUUCGUGGCCAACACGACAAUAGCGUUCGAUGAUCUGGUCACCCGCAACGAGUCGGAGCAGCAGGAUUUUUGGGUCGAUCUCGAACCGCAGGGCCGGCUGCACGUGAAGAUCGAUCUCCGAUGGACGCAGGACGCCAACAAUGUAGCCUCGCAGAACUCGUGCCGCCGGGCAGUCGUCAAGGAUCAGCCAUUUUUAAAUCGCCGCCGCGGUGCAAUGAGAAGGCGUGUUCAUCAGGUUAAUGGUCACAAGUUUAUGGCCACAUUCCUGCGCCAACCGACAUUCUGUUCCCACUGUCGCGAAUUCAUAUGGGGAUUAGGCAAACAGGGCUAUCAGUGUCAAGUGUGCACGUGCGUCGUCCACAAGCGGUGCCAUAGUUCGGUCGUAACCAAAUGUCCAAAGAAAAAGGAUGAGCAAACCAAACCGACACCAACGGAGGCAGCCCAGCGGUUCAAUGUAAAUAUGCCACAUAGGUUUUCAGUGCACUCGUUCAAGCGGCUGACGUUCUGUGAUCACUGCGGGUCGCUGCUGUACGGCAUCAUCAGGCAGGGGCUGAAGUGCGAGGUGUGCAGCAUGAACAUCCACCGGCGCUGCGAGGGCAACGUGGCGAACAACUGCGGCAUCAACACCAAGCAGCUGGCGGAGCUGCUGAACGAGAUGGGUAUCACCAUGGAUAAAACACCACCCCGUAGAUCUAAGUACUCUAACCAAACGACUAGUGAUAACCUAUCGAUGUCGGAGCGCUCGGACGACACGAGCUCGCUGGACACGCUCUCGACCAAGAGUGGUGCGGAGGGCGAGCUGGGUGCCCACGGCGGUGGCGGCGGAGGCGGUGGCCGGGGCGGAGCCGGCCACUCCUCCAAGGUGGGCGGGCCGACCAUGGGCAUGCUGGUGAACCUCGGCACCGACGACGACGGCAAUGCGCGGCCGAUGCCGGGCAAGGUGUUCCUGAACGACUUCAACUUCAUCAAGGUGCUGGGCAAGGGCUCGUUCGGCAAGGUGAUGCUGGCGGAGAAGAAGGGCACGGACGAGGUGUACGCGAUCAAGGUGCUGAAGAAGGACGUGAUCCUGCAGGACGACGACGUGGACUGCACGAUGACGGAGAAACGCAUACUGGCGCUGGCCGCCAAGCAUCCGUUCCUGACCGCGCUGCACUCGUGCUUCCAGACGCCCGACCGGCUGUUCUUCGUGAUGGAGUACGUGAACGGGGGCGAUCUGAUGUUCCAGAUCCAGCGGGCCCGCAAGUUCGACGAGCCGCGGGCCGCCUUCUACGCGGCGGAGGUCACGCUCGCGCUGCAGUUUCUGCACCGGAACGGCGUCAUCUAUCGCGAUCUGAAGCUGGACAACAUACUGCUCGACGCGGAGGGCCACUGCAAGCUGGCCGACUUUGGCAUGUGCAAGGAGGGCAUAACCGGGGACAACCUCACGUCGACGUUCUGCGGCACGCCCGACUACAUCGCGCCCGAGAUACUGCAGGAGCUCGAUUACGGCCCGUCGGUCGACUGGUGGGCGCUCGGUGUGCUGAUGUACGAAAUGAUGGCCGGCCAGCCCCCGUUCGAGGCGGACAACGAGGACGACCUGUUCGAGGCGAUCCUGCGCGAUGACGUGCUGUACCCGGUGUGGCUUUCCCGCGAGGCAGUCUCGAUUCUGAAAGGAUUUAUGACCAAAAAUGCGGCCAAGCGGUUAGGCUGCACCGAUGGGGAAAACCAGAUCCGCAGUCAUCCCUUCUUCAAGGAUAUGGACUGGGAGGCGCUGGAGCAGCGCAAAGUUCGACCACCAUUCCGGCCACGAGUGGUACCGAAAGCUUACCCUCCGUUGGAUUCUGUUAGAACAUCAGUAACAGUUUUCGUUUUUUUCUCUCAUCCUUUUUUCACACCCUUACAGCGAAGUGCGCGCGAUGCACUCAACUUCGACACCGAGUUCACCAAGGAGGAUCCCGUGCUGACGCCGGUACCGAACGAUAUCAUCCGGUGCAUCAAUCAGGACGAGUUUGCUGGCUUUUCCUUCACCAAUCCGGAGUUUGGGCCGGAAAGGAAAAUCGUUUGCUAAGGUAGUGGCGGCGCUGGCCCGCUCGUUGGAACGAUCUCUGUCGUAUGUGUUUAUCUUUGGAAAGCGUAUGUGUUGUGUGUGCGCGCGUGCGUGCGUGUACGGAAACGAGAUGGACAGCAGUACUGGAAACUACUACUACUACUACUACUAUUACUACUGUACUACUACUACUACACACAGCAUCGCAGAACGCACCACCAGCUGGCUCGUCGCAUCCCCCCUUGCAUUGGGCCGCAGCAUGAGGUUUUUGACUGACCGCCCCAGCCAGCACACACGCAUUACCCGCACGUCGGUUUGUUUCUGCAGGUCCAUCGAUCCACACCAACGGCAGUGCCUCUCCGUUAGUUGGUUGUUAUCGUGUCGGCAAAAUGGGAGACAAAACGGUUUGCUUUGGAUAUAUGUGGUGAUGUGCACACACACACACACAUAUUCGCACCAUUAGCGCAUCUUCCGUGUAUAGUUAAGAAGAUUUACCUUUUCGUUGUUCACGCGGCAGUUCUGGGUUUUUAAGUGCAAAACAACACUAAAACAUCCACCCCGGGGAAUUUGGAUGGUGAUGGUGCAUCAUCAGGCACAGGGAAAAUACGUCCAAAAUGAAAGGAACAUAGAGAGCAAGAGAGAUAGAUAGAGGAAUGGAGAUGGAGGCAAUGCAAAAGUAGAUUCUUGAAAGAAGCAAAACGCGUGUACCUCGGCAGUGGUUACUAUCAUCCGUCGUGUGGAGUGGAGGAUUUAACGUUUAAGAUUGUUAGCGAACCAAGAAUAUGUAAGUGAUGUGUAAGGGUCGGUGGAGUGUUAGCCAGGACAGGUCAGAUAUGAUAUAUCAUUCUAUACGUGUUUUAAAUUAGUAUUAUUAUUAACAUCUUCCCGUUGUGGUUAGGUUGAUGUGUUAGUGAAUUUACGGUGGUGCAAAUGUGAAAUGUGCAAAAGGGGGGGAGAGACAGCGCACGAAACGCGGCAGCGGGAGGAACGUUCUAAACGGAACCUUUUCGGGGCAUGUGUGUUAUGUGUUGCCACGCGGUCAGACAGCCAUGCUGUGUGUGGAUUCUAAACAGCACAGAGCAUGGUGAAAAUGUUUUACUUCCCUAACCAGCAUUAGCAAGCGUUUCGUUAGCGAUCAAUACCAACAGUUAAGCUUGAUGUUAGUUCUAUCGUUUUGUUUUUUUUUGUUAUUAUUGUACGAUAAUGCUUAUACAAUCUCUGUCUCUGAGUUUUAUGGUACUGCGACUGCAGCCAGUACACCAGUGCCACUACGUAAUGCAAUCUCAUUGGAAUUGGAACACUACGUGUUAUCGUUAGAGCGAUUGGGCGCAUUAUUGGUAGGUGUUUUUUUGUGUUCCAGUCUAGCAGCAAAUGUAACCGUUUGUUUUGUUGUUAUGUUAGCGCGCAACGUGCUUUUGUUUGCACGAGUUGGUUUUUGUUAGCCCCUAAUUUGUUGUUAACGUUAAUGCACUACGUUUUGGGGUUUGAAAAUUUCCGCCUGAGAUUCGCAUUUACUCUAUCCUUACAGCAGGGGUUCACACAAGCCGUGUGUGUGCGUAUUAUGAAGCGAUAUUUAGUUUGCUGUGGGUUGGCGGGUGUGUAUAGACGCACCGCUAUUCAAAUGCUAGUCAUUAUUAGCCCGUGCUACGUAAGCAAAAAUCAUCCCCGCAAGUGCUAUAGACAAAAUCCUUAUUUAAAUUACGUUUAUUCCGUAAGUCGUAACUCUGCUAAGGCAACGUGUUGGUGCGUCAAUCAAUUACUCGUUCUAGAUGGUUUUUAUCGUUACUACUCGUGGUUUUUAUUAGUGUGUAACAUACUGCUACCAAAGAUAACCGGAAGGCGGCUGCCAGCAAGGCAAAACCCAUCGCGUCUCCUUCGCGGUGGUGCCCGAUAAUUGCAACUGUGCUUUAAUUUGUAUCUCGAACGCAAGAGGAAAUUAAUGUUCCCAAAUCAGAACCUAAACAAAAAUGAAAACUCACUCACAUCACAUGUCCAUGCGCUUGCGGCACUGAGUGGGGUUGUGCGUUCAUUCGUUCAAAGCAAAACAAUAAAGAAAGGAGCCAAUCUCUUAGUUAACGUUAUACUCCUUCAUUUUUUCUGUUGAAACCUGCGGGACGGAGGCGCAUGGUGCGUGGAGUGGAGGCGGUGGUGUUAGGGAGUGGGGUUUGUGGGUUCGUGCUGGAAUGACCCUUGCCAUAGGUUAGCUAAUUGUUAGUACACUAGAGAAAGGAUAUACGUGUUAUAACUAUGCAAAUCAGGUUGCAAAGUGUUUGCUGUAAAACGUGCAGUAUUCGGUUUUUCUUCUUCUUUUAAACAAACAAAAAACAUAGCACAACUUAUUUAUAGUAAUCUUAAUGUGUAAUGGAUUGAUGUUGACUAGUGAGAGAAUGUUUAUUGUAGACAAGCGCGUGGGGGGGACAAGCAGUUGACAAACAAAACCAAAGGCUUUGUUGCAUAUAGCUUGGACCGACCCCCACGACCCCGACGGUUUGUGUGUGUGGCUAAGGAGACAGGCUGUUUUUACACAGGCAGGAUGGUGAUGGGAUGGGCGAAGGGAUAGAAAAAGAACAAAAACGGAUUCAUUUGCUUUAUCUCAGCGUUAACCUUUCUUCCAAACAAAACAAACCAUAAAGCAAAAGUAAACAAACUUGUGGCAUAUCUAUUUUGUUUUAAUUAUAAACCCAAAUGAGAACAAGUGUAACAUACAUUAGUAAGGCGUCAUAUACUUCACACACACACACGCGCGCGUGCAAGCAUAAAUAGCGUAUAGGAUGUCCUUUGCGUUUUGUUACAAUUGUGUCAAUCAAAUGUGUAAACAAACAAAUAACCGCAACAAGAACAAAACAAAAAGAAAACCAAACAAAGUAUGUAGGGAUGGGCUGCUUCGCCCGUGGCACACAAUAGGGGGCAAUAUGUUUGUAUUUAGUUGUUACUAUCGGUUAAACGUGUUUCGUCGUUUCGUGGUACGGUUUUAUUGUGAUUGUCGCAUGUGUGUAGUACAGCGGCGUCUGGGUGUUGGGAGUUGUCGGAAAGAGAGAGAGAGAGAGAGAGAGAGAGAGAGAGAGAGAGAGAGAGAGAGAGAGAGCGAGAGAAGGAGCGCGCCCAAGCAUAGGUAAAGCGCAUACAAAACAAUACAAGCACAAUGUAAUCGUACUAGCUCUCACUACAGUUGCAAAUAGAAGAGAAGAAGAAAAAAGAGAAGAAGAAGAACUGCGCGGAGGCUUUGAGCUUUGUUAUACGGGUGAGUGUGUGUGUGUGUGCCGGUGGGCGUUAGACAUCGGGGCAGAAGAGAGAUGUCCGAACAAGUAAUAGAUCUGUAUGUACUAUAGCAUGUUGGGAAGGAAUCGUUUCUGUCUUGCUUUUUACAGACACACACACAUACAUACAUACACGCACACACUUCCACAUAUUUGUUUUUGUUCAGUCCUUUCUUACUGAUGCAAGUGAUAGCGAGGGGAAAAAAGCCGUACUCAUGAACGCCGGGCGGGUACACACGAGUCAUGAGAAUGAAUCACAAACCAAACCCUCAAGCACUUGAGAUAGGCAAACUGGGCAAAUGUUAUAAGUAAAAUAAAAGAUGCAAAAAAAUCCGUCUGAUAAUAUUAAAAAAAAAAACACACACACACAUCUACGAUAGGAGAUUUAUAAAGCAAAAAAAAACAAACACUCACACACACAUAAACUAGGAGCAUUAAUGUAAAGCACCUGAGGACAUCAACAGACAGGGAGGGCUCGAUGGAGCGCGGGAAAACACUAGAUGGAGCGAGCGUGUAGUGUAUGCUUUACUGGACAAAAUAGAACAACAUACACUCAAAGCAAAUAGCAUUGUACGGCAUCAUCCGUACGCAGUUGUGGGGUGCGUGCUUGAGUCGUGUUGAGUAUUUAGUGAAAUAUUGUAGCAUUUUUUGGCAACAAAAACAAAAUAUAGCUCCCCGUGCGACGGAAAUGCCAACGACACUGAACGCCUUCAUUAUGCUCGUUGUGUUUUUUGUUUUUUUUUCUCCUUUUUUUUCUUAAACAGAGUGAAGUGCUGUACAAAAUAAACCUUCGCUUGAACUCAGCCACACGUUUCGUUGUCGAUUCGGUGAUGAUCAGUAUGGACAAUUGUAGAUUUCACAUGUUAGAUUUCUGUAACACUGUGGGUCCUUUUCAUUCAAACAGCUCGAUCCUGAAUGGAACGCGCCCUCUCUCGCUCUCUCUCACUGCAGUGUAACAAAGGAUUGUAGAAUUAAUGUUGGUGUAUGUGUUUUAAAUAAACAAAAAAAAGAAGAAAAAGAAGGAAAACACAGAUAGCCACUGCUGUAGAUGGCAGUGAAGCCAUCGAAGGAAACCAUCAAUACAGAAUUCAAUUGGCAUUGAGAGAACGUGGCAGAUGGAGAGGGGAUCCGUGUAAGUAGGUUACAUAUUAGGUAGAUUACAAACACUCCAAAAUAUUCCGCAACAAUGCCAUAAUUGUCCCGAGACCGUGACCGGUCGCUGUGGCCAAUGCAACCGAGAACAAAACAAGAGAAACACGCACCCACACACACACACACACACACACACACACACACACACACACACACAACAAUUCUAAAAUCGAAUCUUGUUACUGCUGUAAUGAUCGGAAACAGAAAAUGUAAGAAAACCCACAUUAAAUAGAGAAAGAAACAAAAAAAAAACUACAAAACACACCACACCUCAAACAAGGCGUUAAACAUUGUGUAAUUGAGCAUAAACCAAAACAAAACGGGGAAAACAAACACAAUGGGGGAAAUGGAAACAACCAUACAACAAUAAAGAAGCAAAAUAUGGAAAGAACAAAACCAAACAACAAUAGUAUAAAGAACAAAUCUAGCAAAACAGCUGAACUCGAAGCUUGCUAGGCGGUGAAAACCGAACAAGAUAUGAAAACAGAGAUGCAAACAACAAAAAAACAAACAAUUAAAUGGAUCGUAUUGUAAAAUGGAGGGGGGAAACAGUUUGUUUCUAUUGUUUACGAAAGAGUGUAAGCUGUAAGCGUUGUGUGACUGGGAAAAUUGAACAUACACACGCAAGCAUCUAAUGAAAAACCACCAAGCACUGCGAAAAACAUACACACACACACACAAUUAGAUGAGGCAAAAAAUCAUAUAAACACAUAAACAAAAAAACACAUACACCCAAAAGCAGCAGUAGAGACGAUUUGUGUGAGUAUGUGUGUAAACGUAACGCAAAUACAAUGGGGAAUGGGGCGAGCAAAUAUAUUGCAAAAACAGAACAAAAAAAACAUAUAUACAUAGAUAUAUACAUAUACAUAUAGAUAUAUACAAAUAAAUAUAAGAAAAAAGUAAAAGUGAGAAAAUAAAUUAAGAAAUUUGUAAAAGCUGAAGCGAGCGGCAAAAGAGAGAGACACACACAGUCCCCAAUUUAAUACAGUUACACACACACAAAGAAGGAGAGUGCGAGAGAGAGAGAGAAUGAAGACGACAUACAUAGACAAACAAAAUAGGCAAAACCAAAAGAGUAAAGCAAAGUAUUUAGUACACAACCCCUCAACAAAAAAAAGCACAAGAAAACAACAGUGCUACAGCUGGGGCAAAACAUGAUCUAACUCUCCUCCGGAGCGGAGUGUGACGCAGGUUUAGUAGUUUGGGCUUUGGAACAGAAACACACACACACACACAAUGGCGCGAUACUUUAGCGCCUACUGAGAGUUUAUCCGAUCCGUCAGCGCAGCCAUGUUGUAUGCCCUUCUUCCCCCUCCCUGCCAUCGAAAUCGCUGUUUUAGGGUAUUACAAUGUAUGUAUCGGAUGCGUGUGCGCGUGUGUGUGUGUGUGAUAUCCUGUUUGUGUGCUGCAGUGCAUUUACGAUCGAAUUAGCACUUGCGGUUCCUCUCGGUUCAGUGAAGAAGCAUAUCCGUGAGUGGCAGGAGAGAGAGAGAGAGAGAGAGAGAGAGAAAGAAAAAGAGAAAGGGAGAUAAAGAGAGGAAGAGAGAGAGACAGAGAGAGAUAGAGAGAGAACAAUUGAAGCAAAUCAAAAUGUGUCCCACCGUGUACCUAAGCAAAAACCACCAUCCCUCCCCCAAAUCUUAUCCGAUCUGCUCCGACCUUUAGAGAUAUCGUUAGAGAAACCUCCAUUGCAAGAGGUUUGUUGGUGUUGGGGUCCCGUUCGAUCAUUUCUUCCCUAUCCUUCAAAUUCAUUGAUGUGUUUGUGUGUGCGUAUGUUUGUGAUACUUCUAACAAAUUGUGUGUAUGUGUGUGUGUGUGUGUGUGUGUGUGUGUGUGAUGCGGUUGGAAUGUUUACUUUUAAGAAUUACACUUAGGAAGCAUUUUUGAGUGCGUGCAUGUGUGUACGGAAAUGUUUGGAAAUGUGCGUGUCUAUGUAUAUGAUUGGUUGAGCUUAAUCGGAGUGAAAGUGAUAAAUUAAAUAAGUCAGUUGUUGCUUUUGUUCUCUCUCUCUCUCUCUCUCUCUCUCUCUCUCUCUCUCUCUCUCUCUCUCUCGUGCUCCCUCUCUCUCUCACUCCAUAGUUUGGAACCGAUGAUAAUUGAACGAUAGGAUAUGCCAACAGGUGUGACUGUAUGAGUGUAUGUGCGCGUGUGUGUAAGUGUAGUUUUUGUUGUUGUAAUACUGCGUCGUUUUCCUUCACCUCCUUGUUCAAAUGCUUCUGUCAUUCUGUUUGGCCACUGUAUAGUGUGAUAAAAGUAUAUUUGAAGAAGAAAAAAAUCCCCCCUUAAGCAGAUGAAGCUUUUACUGUUAAAAGAAAACAAAACAGUUAAAACACAACAAAGCAAACUGGGUGGUGAAAAGAGCUAAUCAAAUUUUAGUACGAUGCGUCCGGGGGUGGUAGUCCAAGAUUCCCCCUCAUCAGAUAAAUUUUCCAAUUUUAUCUUCCACGUCCUGCAAAAACAAAAAACAACACAUGCAAAAGAAAAAAAAAGAAAAGCGAAAUUGUAACAACAGUCAAUGGGGGGGGGACACAAUUGUCGUCGCAAACGGAACGGAAAUGGAUUUGAGGCAGGGACGCAAGAAGGGUGUCGAUGGGCAAUCCAAUCGCUGUUUCUAUUUUUUGUUUUGUUUUGUUUUUUUUUAUUGGUAAAAUAAGGGACAAAUUAAAAGGGAAGAAGGAACAGAGAAAUACAUACACCUUUCAUUGACACAAGGCACGACACCAGCUUCUCACAGUAGGCCCUGGAGGUGAGCUUUGAGCGUCGUAAUAUGUAGAUUGUCGUCCCCCUUCCCACACACUUUUGAUUUUUGGUGCGUCCUGCCCCGUGUGAGUGUGUAUGUAUGUAUGCGUGUGUGAAUAUAUGUGUGUGGGUGUGUGUGUGUGUGAGUGUGUGUAUGUGUAAAGGCGCAACAGUACGCGGCGGACGAGAAAAAGCGCAAACCUUUGCGGAAAGCAAAAGAAAUAUAAAGAGAAAAACAACAAACAAACAAACAAACAAACAAACAAACAAACAAACAAACAAGCAAAAUAUGAUACAAAACUGGGAAAAGCCUGAUACAGAAAAACCCCACUUUUAUGGAGAAAAAUUGAUAUAGGAAGAAGCUAAACUAAACAAACAAACAAAAAAAGCAAGUGAAGAGACAAAACAAAAGGAAACCCAAAAAACUCCUUUAACCCGCCACCGGCCGAUGAAGAAUAGAAGCGUCUCGGUGUGUAAGAAGAAAGCAGCGCAAGGAGGGCAUGCAUGUGCGUGGAGUGGUGGGUGUGUUGGGUUGGGUAUGUCUGGUGUCCGUGUGCUUAUGUGGGCGGCUUUCCGCAACCCAAACGGUCAAGGGAAAAUCGCGCAUAGAUGAUGGACAGCAGCAAAACGGAACACAGACAUACGCUCACGAACACAUCCCCGGG